AUGGCACAUCAACAGCCACAGACACCGGUCUUGCCGUGGGGCCCUUUACCGCCUGGUUACGCGCCUCAGCACCAGCAUCAGCAAGCCCAGCACCAGCAUCCCUUCGCGGGUACUUUCGGCGUCCCGACUCCUUUUGUAAUGCCUACAUACGGACAAAACCGUACUGCAUCGCCUGUACCGUCGGAUACAUCUUCCCGCCCAUCAUCCCCCGUACCGGCACGAAACGACGAGAUUGCCGCGUUUCUGCGCUCUAGAGAGCCAGAAGACCCGGAUGGCCCUGUGAAACGGGACGAGAGCUUCUACUUUGACAGCUUGAUCUUCAAGGCUGAAAACACGCUCUUCAAAGUUCCAAGAUAUGCUUUGCCAGCAGAAGAUGGCAUCUUUUCUGCUAUGCUUGACUUGCCUGCUGGAGAAGAAAUGGUUGAGGGGAAGGACGAUGAUCAUCCGAUUGUCCUACCAGCUGAAGUGACCGCCUUCGACUUCCGCAGUCUUCUGAAGGCCACUCAUCCAUUUACCGUAUCGAGCUCAUCUGCAUCACGGAUGCCGUACUUGACGUUACACGAAUGGCUUUCCGUCGUCAAGCUCUCCACGAAGUGGUGUCUGGACGAACUCCGUGUAUCCGCGAUAGUCCACUGCGAAGCACUCCUGCCGAAGGAUCUAUCUCCUAUAGACCGACUCGUCCUCGGUCGCGAACUCCGCAUCGCUGAGUGGAUGAUCAAGACGUACGAAGAGUUCGGACGGCGAACAGCACUAGUCGAUGGUCAGGAGCGCGAAGCGCUAGGAAUGGCGGCAUAUGUCAAGGUCGUCGAACUUCGCGAGCGUAGCAUGCGUUGGACGGAGAAACGACGCGGACGUACGAGGGCGCAGUAUGACUUCAGGAGGAAGGUGCAGGAGCUGUUCGGCGAUGAGUUGGCUAUGGACAAGGACUACAAGCCACUAGAAGUUGUGAUACCGUGA